UGAAUUUGAUUAUGGAUGAGCACGUGGCAGGAGGUGCGGGCGUGCGCGGGCGUGUGCGGGCGUGUGGUGUUGACACUGAACCUGACUGGUAGACACAUGAGGAACCUCUGGUCACUCUCUACUUUCUCCCGCAGUGUACUGAACCAACUACGUCGUUGCUCACCCCAGCUGGUGCAGAUAAGGUGUAAGGGUGAGGAGCCAGGGUGGGGUAGUAAGAAACAUAUAGCUAAGCGCAGGAUCCAGCUCCAGACCCUCCAAGACACCAUGGAUCCCCAGGUGGAGCAGCAGCUGGCACCUCUCAGAGCCAGAUGUAAAGACCAGGGUGAUAUUGUCCGCCAAUUGAAGGAGAGUGGUGCACCGGAGGUCGAUGUUAAGCGUGAAGUACAAGAAUUAAAGAAUCGCAAAAAAGAACUUGAGGACAUGAUUCUGAGCCUCAGUCCAACAGACACAUUUGAUCGAGCCAAAAUGAAUGAUCUGAUCAAAAGACGCUUCUUUUAUGAUAUUUCAUUUGCCAUAUAUGGUGGCAUCACAGGACAGUACGACUUUGGACCAAUGGGUUGUGAUUUGGUGGACAACAUGCUUGCUGAAUGGCAAAAGCAUUUUGUGAUCCAGGAACGCAUGCUGAAGGUCAACUGCUCCAUCUUAACAUCAGAGGUAGUUUUGAAGGCUUCUGGACAUGUGGAUAAAUUUGCUGACUAUAUGGUUAAGGAUGUAAAGACUGGGGAAUGUUUCCGUUUAGACCAUCUCAUCAAACAGCACUUCGAAAAGAAGUUGUCAGAAAAGAAAACCUCACAGGAAGAGAGAGAGACAAUAAACCGCAAAAUCACUUUACUUGAUGGAAUGACAAUGGAAGAGAUGGACAGGAUAGUUAAGCAGUAUGACAUGAAGUCACCCUUGACUGGCAAUGACCUUUCAGAUGCUAUGGAGUUUAAUCUUAUGUUCCCUAUAUAUAUUGGACCCUCAGGUAAUCUAAAGGGGUACUUGAGACCAGAGACAGCUCAGGGAAUUUUUGUCAAUUUUAAACGGUUGCUGGAAUAUAAUCAGGGAAAGCUACCUUUUGCUUGUGCACAAGUAAGUGGCAAUGCGUAUCGUAAUGAAAUUUCACCGCGUUCUGGUCUUCUCAGGGUAAGAGAAUUUACAAUGGCCGAGAUUGAACACUUCUGUGAUCCUGACGACAAGACCCACAACAAGUUUGAUCAGGUUGCCAACACAGAAAUGAUGUUGUAUUCAGCAUGUGCACAGAUGGAUGGGGAAUC